AUGGAAAUUACUAGGGGUAGCUUAGAUGACAUUUCCCGACCUGCAACGACUGAGCAAACAGGUAGCCGUGUGUCCAGCGUGUCUUUGACUCAUAGUGACAGAAUUUGUCCUACAACUCCAUUUGCCCUUGUUGUUUUGACCAAUGAUGCUGCUGAUAUUCAGAUCCAGAGCAGCUCUGAAGAAGCAACCAUUAGCUCCUCAGCCAGUGGCCCUGACCAAGGUCAGAAUCCCGUUGAUGUUGCGGAUGAAGAGAAGGAAGAUUCAGAACUACAGAGAGCCUUUGAUGAAAUGAGACGACUUGAUGAAAUACUGUCUCUAAAGAUCUGCAAAGAAAAAGAAGUCAAGCGUCAGAGGAAAGAACUUAAAACAAAACUCUGGCAAGAAUUAUCGCAGAAUAAGCCUGAAGGCCACUCUGAAUGUGCUCAUGAAGCUCUGAACACAAGGCUGUUUUUAGCUCUGGAAGCACCCUUUGAGACAGAAGAAGAGGAGGACAACUUUGUGCCUGUGUUUGAAACUCAGGUUCCUGACUGUCACCAUGACGGACACAGUCAACAUUUUGAGCGAAGUGAAAAGAGGCCAGGCAGCUCAACAGAAUCAUUGGAGACUGGGGAAGAGCAAUUUGAAGGCAGCCACUGUGGAACUUCCAAAGGCAAGAAACAACAGAAGGACUUUGUCAAGAGAAACAUUGAGCUAGUAAGUGGUGAUGAGGGCCAAGUGCCUUUGACCCAUGCAGAGAAAGCACGUCUGGCUGAGCUUCUCCGAGAAAUAGACGAAGAGGAAGAGGACAGUGCCAGAGGCGCAGACAGCGAGGAGGACAUGUGGGCUGUGUCAGUCUUGACAGGCCAAGGUUACACCCCAGAGCCCUCUGACCUGGAGCAGAUGACUGACAUUGACGCCAAAAUGCGCCUUCUCCUUCCUGUUGAGGAGUUUCAUUCGGUGCAAAGCUCCUAUACAAACUUUAGCGUGCCUCAGGGCCGUGGCUCAGAGUUUGGCUGGAAGUGCGAUGGGGACCCGCAGCCAGGAGAGAAGGUCCUGCAGGACAUAAAGGAGAGGAGAGGGCAGGAGAGGCGGCUCCAAGAGAUCCAACAGCAGCUGGAGAUCCUGGGCCAGAGCCAAGAGAUGACUGAUGUGUCCCCAGACCUUACAGAGGAGCAGUUACUUAGCCUGCUGGAAGAAUGUGAGCUGACUGAGAGCUGGAGCCAGGACCUUGAGAUGACGGGCACAACACCAUGAGACCCCAAAACAAC